CUCUUCCUCUAUCUCUCACUUCCAAACCCUCUCUCUCUCUCUUCAAUAAUACAGAGAAAUGGAAAACAAUCUGCCAGUGAUAUCAAAGAAGGUGGGCAGCAUAAUACAUGUCCUCUUCUUCAUGCUCCGAAAAGGCUUCACCAAACCAAAACUCUUGAUGAACCUCAACCUCGUCCUCAAACGUCCCCGCAAGCUCGCCGGAAAAGCCAUCGCCAAUCUCAUCUCUCACCACCACCACCACCACCAUGGCGCCGCCGCCGCCUCCCACGACGCCCAGUUGCAGCUCUCCACCCCCCGCGGUGAUGAGUACGAGUUCAGCUGCAGCAACACUCCCAACUACAGCUUCUUCUCCAAACGUGAUCCAUGUCAGUUCUUCGCGUGUGCUCACGCGCCACUCACGCUGGAUGACGACACGGCGGCGGUUAAUGAUGCUCUUAAGGUGGCGUUGAGAUGGUCGGUGACAAAAAAGGGAAGGAUGUGGUGGUGGAGGCGUCGCCAGCACUUCAUUGGUCUGGGCGGACCCGGGCGGUGAGAAAGGUGAGGAUCACGGACUCUCCGUUCCCGGUGACGGACGGCAACGAUGACGGGAACCACCAGGUUGAUGAGGCGGCGGAGGUGUUCAUAAAUAUGUUCUACAAGGAGCUGAGGACACAGGGUUGAGCAAUUUUGGACACGCUGCUUUGUUAAAUCUUAGUAAACUAUGAGAAAUUAAUUAAUACUAAAAUAUGAAGCUUAUUUGGACACGUUAGAUGAUAAUUAUCCCAGCUCAGUUUUCACCUUAUGUACGUUGGGAUUUUGAUUUCAAGUUAUUACUAUUUCUGAAAUAUAUAUAUAUAUGUAUUUGUAC